CCUCCCAGGGCUGACCAUCAUAGACCAGCCAGGCGCUCGAUCACGUGACGUCAUUGCCAGGCGACACAGCGAGGGCACCACGCGCUACCGGAGCCCCGUUACGUCACGUGUUCCCGGUGACCGCCCCCCCCAGCCGCCGCCGCCGCCAUGAAGAUCAAGCGUCAGAAAACCGCCAAGAAAACGCUGACCUUCUACAAGUACAACUUCGGGCUCCGGCAGCCGUACCAGGUGCUGCUGGACGGCACCUUCUGUCAGGCGGCUCUGAAGAACAAGAUCCAGAUCAAGGAGCAGCUGCCCAAAUACCUGAUGGGAGAGGUGCAGCUCUGCACCACCCGCUGCGUUCUAAAGGAACUGGAAUCCUUGGGGAAGGAACUGUACGGCGCUAAAUUAAUCGCCCAAAGAUUUCAAGUGAGGAGUUGUUCUCAUUUCAAGGAUCCUGUCAGUGGCUCAGCAUGCCUUUUAUCCCUGACGGCAGACAGCAACCCGCACCAUUAUUUCAUUGCCACGCAGGAUCAGGAAUUGUUGACAAAAUUAAAGAAAAAGGCUGGUGUCCCCUUGAUGUUCAUUAUUCAAAACACCAUAGUACUGGACAAGCCAUCUCCUAAAUCUCUGGCACAUGUUCAGACUGCCCAGACCAGCCAGUUAGUACCGGUACACCAAAAGAAAAAUAUAGAGCACCUCAAAGAAGAACAGGGGGUGGCAAAGGAUUCUGAACGCAGAGGGAAAAAACGAAAACGCGUAACUGGUCCUAACCCUCUAAGCUGCAUGAAAAAAAAGAAACAAAUUGCACGGCCGCCUACAGCGCCCGCUCCGGGACAAUCCAAAAGAAAGAGGAAAAGAAAGCGAAACAAGCCAGCAGGGACAGAUUAAAUAUAUCACAAGGCCUAAUGAUAUUUUUAUAUUAAAAAGAGACUGUUAUAUUUUUUUCUCCAGGCUAAUGGACACGUUGAUACAUCUAUGUGAAUAGGCACAGUUAUUACUAUUUAAACUUUUUAUUCUUUUUUUUUUUUCAAGGAAUGACCUGUCACAUCAAAUAAAAUAACAUUUCUUUAUUGUG